AUGCCGGAAAAGCCUUUUCUUCAGGUUAUUGCGGCAGAGCAUGAGAGUUGCCCUGUCUGCCAUUCUCCGGGGUCCUAUCCAUGCGCGCUGGACCAUGACUGGAUAAAAACCCUGACGACGGCCUGCGAGCUUCAAAUCUCGCAAAGCACAGAUUCCCAGCUUUUACGGCUGCCAGGCGGAUUUUUCUGGGUCGCCCUCGCACAUGCUGCGCGCGCGGAAGGGGUUACAGCGAAAGAGUACCCUAGGCGCGACAGGCAGGCACCGCACAGAGAAGGAUAUCUCGAUUCCGUGGCGGCUAUAAUAGGGUCCUCCUCCCCCACGGGUCCUUCUUCAUCGGAGUACGAGAUUGAUCUAAAUGACGUGGACGAGGACGAACACGACGACCGCCGGAGUAAGCCCGAGGAGGUCACGGCCCACUUGCUUGUUAACUAUCUAUACUUUGCCCUUAAUCUCUGCCUCCUUCAGGAGUCCGACGGCCCAGGAGAGGUCCGAGUGCGAGUGGAGCGCAGAAAAGCCACUGUCCAGGUUCCUGGCAUGUACGAUUUCGCUGCUGAAGAUGAUGGUGGGAUAUCCUGGAUGGAUCGACAAGUUCAUGGCUGGAGGAUGGGUCUGCCAACCCUGGCCUUUCUCGAAGCUAAAAAAGCCUUCAAGACUAUUCAUAUCGAUGAGCGAACGGGAAGAGCCCAGCCUGUAGUCUCGAAUGAGACGCUCGCCCAGUACCUCGGUGAAGCAAUCGUAGCAUGGAGAGCAAACCAAAAGUUACAAAAAGAAGACGUGUUUCUUAUUGCCGGAACCAAUACAUUCUUGCGUUUCGUCCACUUCAAAUUCGGAGUGGACUACGCUGAAUACAUGAAUGCCACGAGCGAGACAGCACAGAGCAUUCUUGCAGCAAAUGAAGACAAAGACACGUUCAUCUAUAUGCAUAGCACAAAUUGGUUCAACCUUCAAUCACCUGGUGACAGAAAGUCUGCCCUAUAUCAUAUCCUCGCGCUCAUCAAGUGGCAAGACAGUCGGAACAAUCUAUUCAGCACUAUGGACGAUCAUGGUGAAGACGGGGACAGCAGUGAUGAGUCCAUGUGUAGUGAGUGA